CUCCCUCCCACCCUUCUCCUGACACCUUCUCCUGCCUUCUCUGCCCACAACCAGGGCCCCUCCACACCACACCCAUGGCCUGCUACGACCUCUGCCGCCCCUGCGGACCCACCCCGCUGGCCAACAGCUGCAACGAGCCCUGUGUCAGGCAGUGCCAGGACUCCACCGUCCUCAUCCAGCCCUCCCCCGUCCGCGUCACCUUCCCAGGGCCCAUCAUGACCUCCUUCCCCCAGAGCUCCUUCGUUGGAUCCACCGCAGGGGCUGCCCUGGGCACGGAGCUCAACGUCCAGGGACAGCCCAUCUCCGGCGGCUUUGGGGUCGCAGGCUACGGCCUGGGCUAUGGCCGUGGCUUUGGCUACGGCCUGGGAGUUGGCUACGGCCUGGGAGGCCUGGGCUGCUACGCCAACAGGGGCUGCUACGGCACCUGCUGAGGCCCCAAACAACUGCCCCAACACCAACCACCCAUGACCUGCAAGUCACCACAUGGAACAAGGAUUCAUCUCCGCCCCAAGGCUGUCCAAUGGGCUCAGCACUUCCAGCUCCUGCUCUCAGGGCUCCAAGCAAGGAAGCAGCCAAGGGCCCAGCCCAUGCUGCCUGCAAACAUGGCCCAGCUCCCUCCUCCUCUUCUCCCCCUUCCUUCUCUCCAGCACCCCUUCGGCUCUGGUCAGUCCCCUCUGCUGCA